AUGGUUAAUAUAAAAGUUUCAUUUAUCCUUAUUAUUGCUGGUUUAUUGUGUUUAACAAGUGUAAUCAUGUCACUUUAUAGUAUCUCUACUGCUGAAUGGUCAAUUAUAGGUACUUUUAGUAUUGGAUUAUUUCAGACAUGUACUAUUUCUCAAUGCAUGAAGAAUCGAUACGAAAACAUAAAUAAUGAAACAGAGCCACCAAUAAUAUUUUCCAAAAGAUUUUACAAUGCUGCUCCAUUGUCUGUUGUUGGUGUAUUCAUCCAAUUAGUCGUUUGUUUUCUUUUUUUCUUUACUGCAUUUCGUUAUUUACCACUAAAGCCUUCAAUAACUUGUUACAUCACUCCAUUAUUGAUAUUUAUUGCUUUUCUUUUUCAAUUAAGUACAUUAACCGAAGCUUCGCGUGGAAUUUAUUUAAAUGGAAGAAGCUCGGUUGUAUUCGAAGUAACACUUGUUCUUCAAGUUAUUGCUAUUGUAAUAAGUAUCAUGGUAGCUGAUCAAGUUAAGAAAACAGCUGGUAUUGAAGAUGCCUAA